UUGGAAAUUUCUGUGUUUUUGGUUUGUAUGGCCACUGUCUCUGGUGACACAGUGGAAGACGUACAACAGACACCACCUCAAAGGAAGCUGCGUCUGUUUCAUGAUUCAUCAUUGAUGAUCAAAACCUUCUUUUGAUCACAACUAGAAAGUGACAUUGGUGGGACCCUUUACAAGCUGGACGUGGGAAUAUUCAUCUUUUGUUUUUUCCCUGUCUGUUCAACCAUCCCCCUCACUUGUUGGUUCAAUCCUCAAUUCUCCUCUUCAAUCAAGGACCAAGCAGUGGUCUUUGUGGUUCAUACUUGGUAUGCUGAUUUCAGAGGCUUAAAGUGAGGAUUUUGAGAAUAAGCUAGUGUUGAGUUAUUUCAGUGGACCAUUAGAGCCAUAGUGACAAUGCCUGUUUUCACUAAAGAUAUGGAUUCUGCAUUCCAAACUGCAGGAGCAAACCCAGGCUUAGAAGUUUGGUGUAUUGAGAACCAGCAUUUGGUUCCGGUAUCAAAGUCAAGCCAUGGAAAGUUCUAUACUGGAAGCACAUACUUAGUUUUGAAUGCAGUCUUUCCAAAAAAUGGUCCUCCUCACUAUGACAUACAUUAUUGGUUGGGAAAUGAUGCAAAGAAGGUGGACUCAGGCCUGGCAUCAGACAAGGCACUCGAGUUGGAUGCAGCCUUAGGAUCAUGCAGUGUUCAAUAUCGGGAAAUUCAAGGCCAAGAAUCACAGAAAUUUCUGUCAUACUUCAAGCCUUGUUUUAUACCCAUUGAAGGAGUGUUUACUUCAAAGCAGGGGAACUUAAAUGGUGAAUACCAUGUUUGCAUGUACACUUGCAAGGGAGACUAUGUUGUUCAUGUGAAAGAAGUGCCGUAUUUGAGGUCAUCAUUGAAUCAUGAAGAUGUAUUCAUUCUUGACACUGCAUCAAAAAUCUUCCUCUUCAGUGGGUGCAACUCUACUAUUCAAGAAAGAGCCAAAGCUUUGGAGGUUGUUCAGUAUAUCAAGGAGAAUAGGCAUGGUGGAAAAUGUGAGGUGGCAACAAUAGAGGAUGGAAAAUUUGUUGGUGAUUCUGAUGUGGGUGAAUUCUGGAGUUUAUUUGGUGGUUAUGCGCCCAUUCCUCGAGAGUUGCCUUCUGUUCAAGAACCUGUGGCUCCAUCUAUAAAGCUAUUUUGGAUAAAUUUACAGGGAAAACUGUGUGAUAUUGGAAGCAAUUCAUUUAGCAAAGAAAUGCUUGAGUCAGACAAGUGUUAUAUGUUGGACUGUGAUGGUGAGAUUUUUGUCUGGAUGGGAAGGCAGACUUUAUUGACAGAAAGAAGAACGGCAAUCAAAGCUAUAGAAGAUUUUGUCAGAAAUGAAGGCAGAUCAGACAAGACUCAUUUGACAUUUUUAUCAGAAGGAUUGGAAAGUACCAUCUUUCGCACAUACUUUGCUAAUUGGCCAAAAACUGCAGAGCCUAGACUUUAUGAGGAAGGCCGCGAAAAAGUGGCAGCCAUAUUCAAGCAUCAGGGUUAUGAUGUGAAAGAACUUCCUGAAGAAGACAAUGAACCAUCUAUAGAUUGCAAUGGGACAAUAAAAGCAUGGCGAGUGGAUGGUGAUGAACUAUCCCUUCUUUCAGUUACAGAACUGACAAAGUUUUACAGCGGAGAUUGCUAUAUAGUACAGUAUACAUUUCCAGGAAAUGGAAGGGAUGAAACUCUGUUUUAUGCAUGGCUUGGCUCUGGACGUGUAAUGGAGGAUAAAACAAUUGCCAUUUCGCACAUGAGUAGUAUGGCUGAAUCAGUCAGAACAAAUCCAGUUAUGGCUCAAAUCCAUGAGGGUGAGGAACCAGCUCAGUUUUUCUCAAUACUCCAGAGACUAAUCAUAUUCAAGGGGGGAAACAGUUCAGGAUAUAGAAAGUAUAUAGAGGAAAAAGGUGUAGUGGAUGAAACUUACAAUGAAAACCUAGUAGCUCUGUUUCGAGUUCAAGGUACAAGUCCAGAUAAUUUGCAGGCCAUCCAAGUUGAUCAUGUUUCAACCUCCCUGAAUUCAUCCUAUUGCUACAUUCUGCAAACUAAAGGAUCUAUCUAUACAUGGAUUGGGAGCCUAUCUUCAGCUAGAGACCAUAAUCUUCUUGAUAUAAUGGUUGAACUGCUUAAUUCAACAUGGCUACCUGUAUCUGUAAGGGAAGGAAAUGAACCUGAUACGUUCUGGGAUGCUCUUGGUGGAAAGGCAGAGUAUCCAAAAGGGAAAGAAAUUCAACGAUUCAUAGAUGAUCCACAUUUGUUCGCAUUAAAAAUAACCAGAGGAGACUUCAAGGUGAAGGAGAUAUAUAAUUAUUCACAGGAUGACUUAAUUACUGAAGAUGUUUUGUUGCUUGAUUGUCAAAGAGAGAUUUAUGUUUGGGUUGGCUCACAUUCGGUUGUCAAAUCAAAACAAGAAGCCCUCAACCUUGGUUUGAAAUUUCUGGAAAUGGAUGUCCUUGUUGAAGGCCUAUCCCUGAACAUUCCUAUUUAUGUUGUAACGGAAGGUCAUGAGCCACCAUUCUUCACUCGUUUCUUUUCAUGGGAUCACUCAAAAGCAAAUAUUGUUGGUAACUCAUUUGAGAGAAAGCUUACAAUUCUGAAAGGAAAGCCAAAAAUUCUAGAAGGACAUAAUAGAACCCCAUUGAAAGCAAACUCCAGGGACUCUACCCCUAAUGGUCACAGAAGCAUUUCUGUUUUCUCCAAUGGGCGUGGAAGAAGCAGUUCACCUGUUCCUAGUGGUGCAGGUUCAGAUCUGAGGCAAUCAAGUGAUCGGCUUCUUUCGGGCCCUACUCCAGUUGUCAAGAAGCUCUUUGAAGGAUCUCCUGCCAAUAACAGUGCUGAACAAACAAUGCCACAGUCUGGUUCUCCAGCAACCGAACUGAACUCAUCAAAUGAGACUGCAAGUUCCACUCAGAAGGAUAGAAAUGUGGUUGGUGAGAAUUCAGUGACAUACCCUUAUGAACGCCUGAGAGUGGUUUCUGCUAAUCCAGUAACUGGCAUUGAUUUAACCAGAAGAGAGGUAUAUUUAUCUAUUGAAGAGUUUCGCGAAAAGUUUGGAAUGCCAAAAUCUUCCUUCUACAAGCUUCCUAAAUGGAAGCAAAACAAGCUGAAGAUGUCGCUGGAUCUAUUUUAGAGCAAGUGUGUUGUUUUAGGAGAGCAAGGCCAACAAAUACAAAUGCAUCUGUUUUGUGGUACUAUAUUACAGCAGUGUAGCAUGAUACAUUAAGUGUUGAGCUUGAGUUGCUCUCUUUUUUGUGAAAUACGUGUAAUAAUUAGUAUUCUUGACUACCUUACUACAUAUUUAUUCUUUCAUUUUAUCU